AUUGAUCCCACCCUUGUGUGGUGGGUGUGAACUUCAGGCCAGUUUUGUUUCCGCAGUGCCAUUGGCUCAGUAACUGAGAACAGCACUUUCAAAUUUAAGCAAUACGACUCCAGAAACUUUUGCUUCGACCAACAUAAGCUGAGAGAUGCCUGCAUCCUAUUCCACCAACAUGAGGCUGAAAUUUUCUUUGCUGGCAAUAGCCCUGGAAGUUGUGAUUAUUGUACAAUACGCAUUGUUUGUUACAUAUGAAACAGCAGCAGAUUCCAGAAAACCUAAUGGAACAACUACAGAUUUCGACAGGUUAUAUCCAAGUUUUCAGGAUGUGCAUGUCAUGAUCUUCGUUGGAUUUGGAUUUCUGAUGACUUUCUUGAAGCGAUAUGGAUUCAGCAGUGUUGGGUUCAAUUUACUCAUUGCUGCCUUUGGUCUUCAGUGGGGCGCCCUGAUGCAAGGCUUUCUGCAUCACUUACAUGAUGGGAAAAUCAAGAUCGGUAUUACAAGCAUGAUCAAUGGAGACUUCAGUACAGCGACAGUGCUAAUUUUUGGAGCAAUUUUGGGAAAGACCAGCCCAGUUCAACUGCUGAUUUUGACCGUCCUUGAGAUUACCAUAUUUGCAGCAAAUGAAUUCCUGGUUGGUGAAGUUUUGAAAGCCAAAGAUGUUGGGGCAUCGAUGACCAUUCAUGCUUUUGGGGCAUACUUUGGUCUUGCUGUAUCACGUGUUCUCUACAGAUCUGGUUUGAAAGACCAUGAAAAAGAAGGAUCGGUGUACCACUCUGAUAUAUUUGCUAUGAUCGGAACUAUCUUCUUAUGGAUGUUUUGGCCCAGCUUCAACUCUGCCAUUGCACCUACCAGUGACGGUCAGUACAGAGCUGUCAUAAACACCUACUACUCCCUGGCAGCGUGUGUGCUCACUGCCUACGCCCUCUCAAGUUUGCUUGAUAAGAAAGGAAAAUUGGACAUGGUCCAUAUACAGAAUGCAACUUUGGCUGGGGGUGUAGCUGCUGGAACCACCGCUGACAUGAUGAUCUAUCCCUAUGGAGGCCUUCUGAUUGGGUUUGUAGCUGGAAUCAUCUCCACACUUGGAUUUAAGUACCUGACACCAAUUUUAGCAUCUAAAUUGAAGAUACAUGAUACAUGUGGUGUACAUAAUCUGCAUGGUAUGCCUGGAAUAAUUGGAGGUCUGGCUGGUAUAGUUGGAGCGGCAAUGUCCAGCACAGUCUUAUAUGGAAAUGGCCUUAGCAACACGUUCCCAGAAAGACCCAAGAGAACUGCCAUUCAACAGGCUGGGUUUCAAGCUGCUGGACUGGGAGCAACUCUUGUUGUGGCCAUUGUUGGAGGAGCCAUUACAGGUUUCAUUAUUAGCUUGCCAAUUUGGGGACAGCCACCGGAUCAAAAUUGCUUUGAUGAUCAGAUUUACUGGGAGGUGCCAGAUGCUGAGGAUGACGGUGAACAACUAAACUCUUCAGAACAUGUUCAAAAGCCACAAGUGAAAGAAGGAACUUACUGUCAAGUGUAAUGACUGGUUCUGAAGACAAACAUGGGCAUCAGCAAGUUCCCGCAAAAAGCUCUGAGCUGAAAGUGCAAAGAAAUGUUCAUUGUAUCAAAUAGUCAAUUUUGAUCUAUCUACUAUCCAUUUGUGGUAUAUUUGUGAAACAUUUAUAUUUGUAAAUGCCCCCUUUUUUAAACAAUUCAAGAUUAUUAGACAAGGUUGAGAUUUAAAACAAUUUGUACUUAAGUAUUUAGAAACCAUUACAAAUAUAGAAUCGAAUAUAGAAUAUAGAACACUGUAUAUUGAAAAUUGAUAUAGCACAUUGUAUACAAGUUAUCUGUAAUUAUUUCUGCUUUAAUCAUUUAUUAGCUAUUAAAUUGUU